CUUAUAAAAUAGAAGCCCAAGACAGCAUUCUUCUCUUCUGACAACUGAGACACAGAGUUAUUCUGACUCCUUUGAAAAGUGAAAUAAAAACCAUGUCUUUUAUCUCAGAAUUCUUGGCUCAAGCAUGUUUCUUAGACAAUCAUUCGGAAUAUGCUACUCAGCAAGCCACCGGUGGGUUAAAUGCAUUUCCAGGCUUCAACGCAGUUCCAGAUGCUUCUAGCUUAGAAAAAGCUAUCAAGACUAAAGGUGUUGAUGAAGCCACUAUAAUUGACAUCUUGACUAAAAGAAAUAAUGCUCAGCGUCAGGAAAUAAAGGCUGCAUAUCAAACUGCUACAGGCAAGCCUCUAGAUGAAGCACUGAAAAAAGCCCUGUCUGGCAACCUGGAAGAAGUUGUUUUGGGUUUGCUUCAAACACCAGCUGAAUUUGAUGCACGUGCUCUGAAGAAUGCCACAAAGGGCCUUGGAACUGAUGAAGAUACCCUGAUUGAAAUUCUUGCAUCACGGACCAACAAAGAAAUAAGAGAAAUCAAUAGAGUCUACAAAGAAAUUUUUAAAAAUGAUUUAACAAAGGAUAUAACUUCAGACACUUCUGGAGAUUUUCGGAAAGCACUGGUCGCACUUGCCAAGGGUGACAGGAGUGAGGAUACUCGUGUAAAUAACGAACUGGUUGAUAACGAUGCCAGGGCCUUGUAUGAAGCUGGUGAAAAGAAGAAAGGAACAGAUGCAGCUGUUUUCAUCGAUAUUCUCACUACUAGGAGCGUCCCGCACCUUCAAAAAGUUUUUCAGAGGUACCAAACAUAUAGCAAACAUGAUGUGAAUAAAGUACUGACUUUAGAAAUGAAAGGAGACAUUGAACGUUGUCUGACAGCUAUUGUAAAGUGUGCUUCAAGCAGAGCAGCUUUCUUUGCUGAAAAGCUUUACCUGUCAAUGAAGGGUUCUGGGACUCGUGAUAAAGAAUUAAUCAGAGUAAUGGUUACCCGUUCAGAAGUUGAUAUGAAUGAAAUCAAAGUUCAGUACAAGCGUCUCUAUGCAAAGUCUCUUCGUCAGGCCAUUAUAGAUGAUACCAAAGGAGAUUAUGAAACCAUUUUGCUUGCUCUGGCUGGAAAGGAUUAAACCUGAUUUUUUUUUCCACUUCAACAUCAUAAAGAGAUAAUUCAUAUAUGUGCUUCAGAAGUUAACAAAAAAGCUGUCAAUAAAAAUACACUAUACUGCAAUCCUGUUUUUUUCAAAAAGUAAAGCUUUAUUAAAACAAACAGAUUCUUCA